AUGGGACUUUUCGAGGAAGCUCGCGCAGCAGUAGAGGUUGCCAAUAAAAAUAUCAAGAGGAUCAUUGAAAAGAAUACUGAAGUUUAUAAAGAUUGGCAUGGGAAACUUCCUUUUGCCUUGCAUGCAUAUCAAACUUUUGUACGAACCUCCACGGGGGCAACUCCGUACUCACUAGUAUAUGGAAUGGAGGCAAUGCUACCCAUUAAAGUGGAAAUCCCAUCCUUGAGAGUGUUAAUGGAGACAAAAUUGAAAAAUGCUGAAUGGAUCCGCUCUCAUUAUGAGCAGUUGAAUCUGAUUAAGGAAAAAAGGCUCGUAGCCCUUUGCCAUGGUCAAAUGUACCAACGAAAGAUGAUGCGAGCAUAUGAAAAAAAAGUUCAUCCUGGGCAUUUCCAAUUAGGGGAACUGGUCGUCAAAAGGAUACUCCUUGACCAGAAUGAUUCUCGUCGAAAAUGGAUGCUGAACUGGGAAAGACCAUAUGUGGUGAAAAAGGCUUUUUCAAGAAGAGCCUUAAUUUUAACCGACAUGGAUAGAAGAGACUUGCCUAGUUCAAUAAAUGCAGAUGCAGUAAAGAAGUACUAUGCCUAA